AUGUAGUGUCUUGAUGGAGAUGACAUUAAUUAUGAAUCCAUAGAAUUAUUUGUGUAAAGGGUGCUCCUAUGAUGACCAAUUAAAGAGCUUAUAUUAUUUAAGUUGGAAGAUGGUAAUAAUGAGAGAUCUCUUAAUGAAUCAAUUCAUUCUUCUCUCAUGGGAAUGAAAACACACCUAACUUGUAAGUGGGUCGAUUCAGUUCGUGGAAUAAUGAAGGCCCUGCAAUCACAACAGCAACUACCAGAUGACAAUAAGACAUAUGAAAAGAGUAAUAAUGAGGCUGCCAUUUCAAACAUUAAAGGUGAAGUUGAAGUAUUAUAUGAUUGCAUUAAGAAACUUAACUUACAGAGGAGGAAGCUUCUUAAUGACCUCUUCGACUUGAAAGGUAAUAUUCGAGUAUUUUGUCGGAUAAGACCCAUAAGCAUUGGCAAUCAAAAGUCAGUUGAAGCUUUGGAUUCAAAUGAAAUGAUCAUAAAUUUGGUUGACAACAAGUCCAAAAUUUAUAGCUUUGACAAGGUUUUCCAUCCUUCUUCCUCACAAGGUGAGGUGUUUUCAGAAAUAGAACCAAUUAUCAAGUCCGCGCUGGAUGGUUAUAACGCCUGCAUAUUUGCUUAUGGACAGACCGGCACAGGGAAAACAUUCACAAUGGAAGGCACAGAGGAGUUUCCAGGGGUUGUGCCCCGUGCGAUUGAGGCACUUUUUAAGCACGCUGAGGACAAUAACCAUGCAUUCCUCUUCAGUUUCAGUAUGCUGGAGAUAUACAUGGGCUAUUUAAAAGAUCUCCUCACCCCACAUAGUCAGACUACAAAGUCAAUCUUUCCUUUACCACCAUGUCUAUCAAUACAAACACAUCCCAAUGGAGAAACCGAGAUUGAAAACCUUGUGACCAUCCAUGUAUAUGACUUGAACCAAGCCAUGAGACUGUACAAGUUAGGAUGUGGUUUCAGAUCCACUGCUUCCACAAAUUCCAACCGAACAUCAAGCAGAUCUCAUUGCAUGAUUCGCAUAUCAAUUUCCAGCGUUAGUGCUAGUAAACGGAGAAGGUUAACAAACAAACUGUGGAUGGUCGACCUUGGUGGAAGUGAACGUGUCCUAAAAACAAAAGCACUGGGGAGAAGAUUUGAAGAGGGAAAAGCAAUUAAUCUCUCACUUUCUUCCCUUGGAGAUGUCAUCCAUGCCCUCCAAAGCAAAAAGCGCCACAUACCUUACAGGAAUAGCAAGCUGACGCAAGUUCUUAAAGAUUCCCUAGGUGAUGAUUCCAAAACACUAAUGCUGGUUCAUGUUAGUCCCCAUGAAGAAGAUUUGUGCGAGACAUUGUGUACAUUAAAUUUUGCAACACGAGCCAAACGGGUUCAAUUAAGAAAUGAAGAAUCAACAGAAGUUAAGGCAGAAAAGGAAGUUGCAAUAAAUAAUCUGCUGCAGAAGAUGAACCGAAUUGAGUACAACCGCAAUGAUGUCACACAGGAAAUCAAGAAGCUGCAUGAGAAACUAGGAAAGCUUACAAUAAUAUCGCCACCCUCUUUAACUGAACUAGUGGAUCUCUCAGAUGUAUGCAUUGAAGGGUUAGGGUCUAACAUGAGAUUUCAAAAAGAUAGUUUCACAUCUACCCCUUUAGCAGACUUCCCCAGAUUCAUGAGGCCUACUGUUUGUAGCCGAAGUAAAUCAGGAAAUGCUGGAGUAGAAUCCCAAGCAUUAAAAAGUAGAUCCUCGCUUCCUCCUGGAAAAGGGAAAGGAUCCACUCACUGUGCCAAUUCUGUGGGUUUCCCUAUAGAAGGAACAUCAGAAUGCUACUCAGACAGCAGUGUUUCCAGAACUAGCUGCCUUAUCAGUCCAACUACGAAAUUCAGUGCGGAUAAUGAGACAGAAUUCAGCGAAGAAACAUCUGAUAGUGACACUAAGGCGGCAGUUUUUACAAAACAUCUAUCAGAAAGAGAUUCAAUACACAAAAAGUUUAAUUUGAGACUCAGCAAAAAGAAUCAUGCAAAUACAAUGCAAAGAGUAUCAACCCAAAACCACUCAAAGGUUGAAAAUUGGCUUCAACUGCACAAAUGUGCAUCAAAUAUAAACAAUUCCACUCAUAAGAACAAAAGAAUUCUUGCGAUACCAAUUCCAGAGAAUAAAGCAAGGGUCAGGGGCAGAAUUGUGGCAGAUUUUCAUGAUGAAAAGGUCCAAGGAAUGGAGUUGAGAAAAAGAAACACGAAGCAUAGAGAUGAAAAAUCAGUUGAUAUGGAGAAUCAUUUGAGCUCCGAGUUAGAAGAAGAAGUUAAUGUGUCUCAUGCAGUUUUGAAGCACUUUAUCGCUUAUGAGAAGUCAUAUUCUGCAUGUCCGGCCUGCAAUAUUGAUGCAAUAACUCUGAAUGGAACACAAGGUCAAGUACUCGAUUCAAUUGAGGUCAGUGAAUGCAGAAGUUUUAGUGGACCUGCUGAUUUGAAUGAUCUUAAACUGAUCAUGCCAGACAUUGCAUAUCAAGAGACAUAUGAUAUCUCAGCAUCUAAGGUCAACAGCCUUAGCAUAGGCCUGAUAGGGAGUCCCUCUAGCUCAAAGAAGAAACUAAACUAUGAAGAAAUGCAUGAAAUGGAAGAAAGUAACAUAGAGAAUAUGCAUGUCCUUGGAUGUGUUAGAGAAGGAACAAAGCCCUGCCACUAUGACUUAAGAUCUCCCAGUGCUUUGUCUAUUUGCAAAUCAAAUCAAAUGGAUUAUUACCUUGUUCCCAAAUCACUAGACAACACCAGAACUGGAGGGUUCCUUAGUCUUUUGAAACCAAAAGUACACAUCUUAUAUAGCAGUGCUCUUGUCGCAUUGGGAUUUGCAAGCCUAGGUCUUGGGAAUGACUUCUUCUAUGCUUUGACUCUCUAAACAACUUGCCUAUGACAUGCCAGACAUGAUGCACAUUUGGAGUUUUCCUUUCAAAAACUAGGUACCAAGUGAUGAUGUACUUUAUCCAAGAGAUAAAGAUAGAUGUUAAUCGGCUGCUUGGCAACUGUGAGAGGCUAUAAUCACAUUCCCAAGCUCAAAUUGUUGAUAAUGCAGGAAUUACAUAUGGAAGGGAACAAGGGCUCAACAUGUGUAGUGGUGAUUCUUUUAAGUGCCAUCUCAUGACUCUCCAAAUCAGGGUGAAAGGUCACCAUAUGUACAUGCACCAAAUAUUUAAUCCCAUGAGUUAAACAGUAAAUUCAACGCUUUAGAACGUUAGAUGUUGUCCGAGAUGCACCUUACUAUUUUGUUUUUGUAUUCUCUAAGUGUCAUAAGCUACCAAAAAGAAAAGAAAAAAGUCCUAAAUUGUUCCUCAACUAGUUACUUUUGUUUUAUUAUACCUCCAUUAGAAGUUGGGAACAAAAAUCCCUCGUCGUUACCCAGAUGUAACGUAUACACCCUUAUUCUGUAUGAUAGUUCUAGUUUGCUAAUAUUAACAAAGCUGGAGCUGCAUAACUACCAGGUGUGAGGACAUGUGGAAAACAAUACUCGUUGACCCUUACAUGAAUUUCACCUAAAUCUCGAAAAGAAAUCUAGCCUAAGGUAGACCAAAUCUUCUAUUAACCUUAAAUUAUGCAUUCAACAACAAGCUAUGUGCAUCCAAUUAGAUAAUGCAUACUAGAGUUUCAUGAAAUUAAGGUGAACUAUUUUUUUUUUGAGAAAGGUAACAUUACUUCUAUAUAUCCACAGGUAUACUACACCAACAUGUAUAGUUCCCCCAACAAAAGUAAUACAACUUACAUCUUGUGGUUCAACUUAUCCUUACAAAAAGUCUAAAACAUCAAAAAUAUCUUCUGUUUGAGCUAAUAGUUUUUGCUCACACCAAAAAUAAAAUAGGCCUAAGCAAUUCAUCUUAAGAAUCUGUAAGCUGCUUUGUGUACUCCUUCAAAACACCUCUUUUUCCUCUCGAUACAGACUGACCACCAAAUACAAGCCGGGACAAUCUUCCAUCUCUCCUCCUUCUUACUUACCAUGCCAUCCUUGUUCCAGCAUCUAAGGGCACCUGCUACGCUUCCAGGUUUCACCCAUCUGAUCCCUUUUAGGCAUAUA